AUGUGCCGCUUUCUAGUAUACAAAGGUAGAAAUGACAUUCUCUUGAGCAAACUCAUCACGGAGCCGUCCCAUUCCAUUCUUACACAGUCAUAUGAUUCCCGACUCAGAUUGGACACCCGCCGCCCUGUAAAUGGCGAUGGGUUUGGCGUAGGCUUCUACACAGACCCCAAACUCGGCGGUGACCCUUGUAUAUUUACGUCCACUCUCCCUGCUUGGAAUUGCGAGAAUCUCGAGCGAAUAGCAUCGAAAACCUGCUCUUCCUUAGUUUUUGCACAUGUACGAGCCACAACCGAAGGCGCGUUGGCAGAUAACAAUUGCCAUCCAUUCCAACAUAACACCCUCAUGUGGAUGCAUAAUGGAAAUUUGGGAGGAUGGAAAUAUAUAAAGCGGACUCUAGCAGACUCCCUUGCGGACAAGUGGUACUUGGGCGUCAAAGGAGGUACAGAUAGUGAAUGGGCAUUCGCCUUGUUCUUAGAUCUGAUGGCACGAGAAGGGGUUGACCCAAGUGCAGCACCAGAGGAAGGAUUUGGACAUGUUUUGCUACGCACAGUCAUGGAAAAAACAAUCAAAAGAAUCAACGAUAUGAUUGCCAAUAUUCCAGAGGCGGGUAGAUUGACUGAUUUGGAGACGAGAAGUCUUCUCAAUUUCGCAGUCACUGAUGGGCACACCGUAGUCUGCACACGCUAUGUGAGUAGCAAGACUGACGAAGCAGCAAGUUUGUACUUCUCAUCCGGAACAAAAUGGAAGGAGGGGAAAACCAAAGGACAUUUUAAGAUGGAGAGACACGAUAAAGGAGCCGAUAUUGUUCUCGUUGCGAGUGAGCCUUUAACCUUUGAAAGACAUAAUUGGGUCACCGUACCAACAAAUUCCAUGCUCACAAUUCACAAACAAACCGUCUUAAUUCAUCCCAUCAUGGAUGAAUUUUAUGAUGAAGACCCAAAUCAUGACCGCUCUGCUGGUUUUGCGGUCUCCAAGGGUCUCGUCAGUAAGGCACCCGGAACAACGGUUGUGCCUGAUGAAACAGGAUCCCCAAACACAUCUGAAUCCACGACCCCUAUCGAAGAACAGGUCAACGGGCAUCAGAGAACAAACGAGCUCCGCAAGCUCUAUCUUUUGAAGAAGAAAAUGGCGCAAGCCAGUCUUUGA